ACUAUAGAUAUUAAUAUUAUAUAAUAUGUGAGUAUAUGCGCUCAUUAUUGUCACUAGUGAAAGAGCUGAGCUCUCUCGUUUCAUUCGGUUUUCGUUUCGUGUCGAAGUAAGGACCCGAAGCUGGCUCUUGGGAAAAAAAACUCUUCUCUGGGUGGUGAAUCUUGGAACCACCAUAUCUGAAUUUCCCAAAGCUUAUUAUUGUUAACAAUGGAGCUGCCUCAGAAUGGAAGUGUAAAGAGCAAUGAUUCGUUAUUAACUGUGGCAGAAAUCGAAGAGAUUGAUUUCUCAAAAUUCAUGGAUAGACCACCUAGACCCUUGAAUAUGGAUAGGAAGAGAUCGUUUGAUGAAAGGUCGAUGAGUGAAUUAUCAAUUGGGUUCUCUCCUCGGCACUCGUCAAGAAAUGUUGACAACUUUUCACGAAAUAUCGACCAUGCUGAUUUUGUUUAUUCACCUAGUAGAAGGUCAGGGAUUAACACUCCAAUGUCCCAGCAUAGCUUUGAACCACAUCCAAUGGUGGGUGAAGCUUGGGAUGCUUUGAGGCGUUCUUUGGUUCAUUUUAGAGGCAGGCCUGUUGGGACGAUUGCUGCUUUGGAUAACUCUGAGGAAGAACUUAAUUAUGAUCAGGUGUUUGUGAGAGAUUUUGUUCCAAGUGCAUUGGCUUUUCUAAUGAAUGGUGAGCCUGAGAUUGUUAAGAAUUUCAUCUUAAAGACGCUUCGUCUUCAAUCAUGGGAGAAAAAGAUUGACAGGUUUCAGCUUGGAGAAGGAGUGAUGCCAGCUAGUUUCAAAGUACUCCAUGAUCCCGUAAGGAAUACCGAGACUUUGAUUGCGGAUUUCGGAGAAAGUGCAAUAGGAAGAGUUGCUCCUGUUGAUUCUGGAUUUUGGUGGAUUAUAUUGCUCCGGGCAUACACAAAAUCGACAGGAGACACUUCCUUGGCUGAACUGCCUGAGUGCCAGAAGGGUAUGCGCCUUAUUCUAAGUUUAUGUCUUUCAGAGGGGUUUGAUACAUUUCCAACUCUUCUCUGCGCUGAUGGAUGCUGCAUGAUUGAUCGUAGAAUGGGUGUUUAUGGGUAUCCCAUUGAAAUUCAGGCUCUUUUUUUCAUGGCCUUAAGAUGUGCUUUAAUAUUACUUAAGCAAGACGAAGAGGGUAAGGAGUUUGUUGAACGAAUAGUUAAACGUCUCCACGCCUUGAGCUUUCACAUGAGAAGUUACUUCUGGUUGGACUUGAAGCAGCUUAAUGACAUUUAUCGAUAUAAAACAGAAGAAUACUCACACACAGCUGUCAACAAAUUCAAUGUCAUACCAGAUUCACUUCCUGAAUGGAUUUUCGAUUUCAUGCCAUCACGUGGUGGCUACUUCAUUGGGAAUGUCAGUCCUGCCAGAAUGGAUUUCCGCUGGUUUUGUUUAGGCAAUUGUAUUGCUAUUCUGUCUUCUUUGGCAACUCCUGAACAAUCCACUGCAAUUAUGGAUCUUAUAGAAUCAAGAUGGGAGGAGCUGGUUGGAGAAAUGCCUUUGAAGGUCUGUUAUCCAGCCAUUGAAAGUCAUGAAUGGCGAAUUGUCACCGGGUGUGAUCCUAAAAACACAAGAUGGAGUUACCACAACGGAGGAUCUUGGCCAGUGCUGUUAUGGCUUGUCACUGCUGCUUGCAUCAAAACUGGACGACCCCAGAUCGCAAGACGGGCCAUUGAGCUAGCAGAGACGAGGUUGCUUAAGGAUAGUUGGCCAGAAUACUAUGACGGAAAGCAGGGCCGGUACAUUGGGAAGCAGGCUCGUAAAAACCAAACGUGGUCCAUUGCUGGUUACCUGGUGGCCAAAAUGUUGCUGGAAGAUCCGUCUCAUUUGGGUAUGGUCUCCCUUGAGGAAGACAAACAAAUGAAGCCCGUUAUGAGGAGAUCAAAUUCAUGGACUUUUUGAUCAAUUUUAUUAGAUCCCUUUUUAAAUCUUAGACUGUGAAUUUCUUGCCUAAAAAUACACAACUUUUUCAAACCAAGCUGAAUUCAGGCUUAGUAAAAUAAAGGUAUUUGUUAUUCUGUGCUUAUAUAUAUCUUUUUUUUUUCUUCUUCUUUCUCAAAGUGCAAAACUAUCCAAUUAUUUCUAUUAUUGAUUUCUUUUGGGUUUGAAGUUU